AUUCAUUUAUAUCACACACAAAUUUUCUUAGUUAUAUGCUCUGGCUCUCUCCAUUAGGAAGCACCACAUUCAAUACUCACGAAAGAAUCACAAAACAACUCAGGAGAUGGCAAGUUCAGUUGUGGUUGCUAAUGGGAACUUGAAUCCAAAUGAUACAAGGGGAAAGACCAUUACAUGCAAAGCUGCCGUGGCAUAUGGUCCUGGAGAGCCCUUUGUGGUGGAACGUAUCCUUGUCCAUCCUCCUCAGAAAAUCGAGGUUCGAAUCAAGAUCCUCUUCACCACAAUCUGUCACACGGAUCUCACGGCUUGGCAAGGCGAGAAUGAGGCUCGACGUGCUUAUCCUCGGAUUUUUGGCCAUGAAGCUUCCGGGAUUGUGGAGAGUGUGGGUGAAGGUGUAAGUGACAUGAAUGAAGGGGACUUGGUGGUGCCAAUCUUCAAUGGGGAAUGUGGGGAUUGCAAAUAUUGCAAGUGCGAGAAGACCAACAAGUGUGAGAGAUUUGGGGUGGAUGCUAUGAAGAAGGUGAUGGUUAGUGAUGGUGCAACAAGGUUUUACACAAUGGAUGGAAAACCCAUAUUCCAUUUCUUGAACACUUCAACUUUCACUGAGUACACAGUGGUGGAUUCAGCAUGCAUCGUCAAGAUUCACAUUGAUGGUAGUAAUGGCGAUCUCAACCGCAAUAUCAAAAGACUCACCUUACUCAGUUGUGGCGUAUCUUCGGGUGUUGGGGCUGCUUGGAAUACCGCUGAUGUGCAUUUUGGUUCAACUGUAGCUGUCUUUGGUUUAGGUGUUGUGGGUCUCGCUGUAGCAGAAGGGGCACGAGCCAGAGGUGCAUCCAGAAUUAUAGGCGUAGAUAUCAACUCAGACAAAUUCAUCAAAGCCCGAGAAAUGGGUAUCACCGACUUCAUAAAUCCAAAGGAUGAUGAGAGACCAGUAUAUGAGAUAAUUGGGGAAAUGACUGGUGGGGGCGUGCACUAUAGUUUUGAAUGUGCUGGAAAUUUGAACGUUCUAAGGGAUGCCUUCUUGUCUGCUCAUGAGGGUUGGGGAUUGACUGUGCUAGUAGGGAUUCAUCUAUCACCAAAAAUGCUUCCCAUCCACCCAAUGGAGUUGUUCCAUGGUCGCAGAAUAGUAGGAUCAAAUUUCGGAGGCAUCAAAGGGAAGACUCAAUUGCCACAUUUUGCCAAAGAAUGCAUGAAUGGAGUGGUGAAGUUAGAUGAUUUUAUCACUCACGAGCUUCCUUUCAAGGAGAUAAACCAGGCCUUCGAUCUUUUGACCACUGGAAAGUCACUGAGAUGUCUUCUACACUUCUGAAAAUUGUGCCCUUUUGAAGAUGUGAAAAUGGUCAUCGGUGGUGUCACCAUUUGUCUGAUAAUCUUUCCGAGUUCUUCAACACGAGUGUAUCAAAAAACGACAGGGUAUUUUACUGAAAUGAAAAUAUAGGCAUAUUAAUGUCUUAAGCUUUUGGACGAAAAAAUAUAUCUUGUUCACACUUGUGAUCUGAUCAUUUGGCUAUUGAAUAUUUAGAGGUGAUGACUAGUGUGAGUUGGAUUUUGAUUU